AUGAACUUGGAUUUUCCACAUUACAUGGGACUGAACGACAUUAGACUUCAGUGCGGGUCUGGUGUUGUGGGAGGAAAUGAAGAGAGGAAGGAAGGAAAAGUGACAGCUAUGAAAAAGGUGGAUCCACUGAUUAACCUCAGCCACAUCGCCAGGGAAACUGAGGGGUUCUCAGGAAGUGACCUCAAAGAGAUUUGUCGUGAGGCAGCACUGCUGUGUGUCCGAGAAAUCAUGGAUUCUCACACGGAGGUGUCUGGUGUUUCCAGGCCUGGACAAAAUGUCACUCUUCACUGUCAGGAUCCCAGGGGUGUAAAUAUCACCCUGUUAGAGUGGAGCAUACCUGAGAUUAAGUCAGACGGAUACGUCUUCUUCUACCGAAACCGGCGCUCAUAUGAAAGCUACCAGCACGAGCGUUUUAAAGGCCGAGUGGAGCUGGCAGACCCGUCUAUGAAAAACGGAGACGUUUCUGUGAUUCUGAAGAACGUCAACGUCAACGAUACAGGAACAUAUGAGUGUCGGAUUAUAACCAGUAAUCUCAGCAGCGGUCAGAGAGUCAAGAGUGAGUCCAGGCAGUCCAUCGACCUCACAGUCAUAGACUCUGGAGAUCCGACUGUAGAACACAAGGACACGCAUGUUUUAAUUAUCAUUAUUGUUGCAGUUGUAAGUUGUCUUAUUGUUGGCGUUUGUGUUGCAGUAUUUUUCAACCGAAAAUGGAAAUCAUCAACACGCGGCAACUCUUAUGAACAUCUACCUGAAAUGUUAAAGAGUUGAUCUGAAAUGUUUGAGACGAUGUGUGAAGCAUUGUUAUUUAGCGAGCAGACAGCAUAAACAGAGCGUCUGUUGACAGCACUCAACUCACAGCAACAAGGGUUCGAUGCACCGCUCCUCUGAUCUCGAGUCACAUUCGGGAGUCAUUUUCUCCCAACAACCAUUAAAAGUAACAUUACAUCAAUACUGUGGCUGCAACAAGCUUUUUAUAGACUUUAAAUCUGUUUAUUUUUCUUCUCCUUUUUUCUUUUCUGCAGAGCUUGAUUUUACCGUGAGAACAGCAGGUAGAGAGGUGGAGGAGACAGACGUAGAGUAGAUCAGUUUAUGUAAGCUC